GGCGGCCGGCGGAGUCAACACAAACCUGAGUGAGUAACAGAGCAGAGGAGAGAGAGAGAGAGAGAGAGAGAGAGAUGAACUCCGGCAAGAAAAUCACCAGAGGAGAGGACACAUGGAGACCUGAGGAGCUGAUGAAGCACAUACGGAGCGAAGAGGAGGAGGAGGAGAGCAGGAGGAGGAGAGAGAGAUCACACCGAGACCCAGAGGAGAGAGAGAGGACGAGGAGACAUCGAGAGGAGAGCGGCAGGAGAGGAGCAGGAGGAGGAGGAACGAGGGAGGAGCGGGGGAAGGAGAGCAUGAGGGAGAAAGGAAGAAGUGGAGAUGGAUUGAGAGAGAAGGACAGGGAACGAGAGAGGGAAAAGAGGACACGAGAGAAGGAUAGAGACAGGGACAGAGAAAGGGAAAGGAGGGACAGGGAAAAAGAGAGAGAAAAAGAGAAAGAAAGGAGUGGAGAUGGAUUGAGAGAGAAGGACAGGGAAAGAGAGAGGGAGAAAGAUUUAGAGAGGGCAAAGAGGAAGAAAGAGAAGGAUAGAGACAUGAUCAAAGAGAGGGACAGAGAAAGGGACAGGGAGAGAGAAAACAGGGAUAGGAAAAGAGAUGUAGAAAGGGAAAAGAGGGACAGGGAAAAAGACAGAGAGAGAGAAAAGAGGGAUAGGCCGAGAGAGAAAGAUAAAGUAAAGGAGGCCAGGAGAGACAGAGGGGAUGAGCGGGACAGAGAGAGUGAGAGGAGGAGGAGGGCGGAGCGAGAAAACGAAAGAAGACAAGAGAAGAACAUUGGUCUGGAUAGCGGUGACUGGUCCAGGGAGAGAGAGAAAGACAGAAAAGAGAAGCAGAGAGAGAGGGAGCGUGGACACGGAGGUGAAGAACGGAGAGAGCGAGAGAGACGAGAGAAACACCGCCACCGAGAUCAAACAGACCGAGAGGAAAAAAUUGAGCACAGGAGACGAGAGAAAGGACAUCAUGACGAUGGAGAGACAGAGCGGAGACACAGACACCAAGCGAGGGAGAGAGAGGAGAUGGAUCCGAGACACAACAAUCCGGAGACACAAAGACACAGAGAUCAGGAGAGCAAACCAGAGGCUGGAGACGGUGGGACUGAGGACACCCUCGAGGUAGCAGAGGAUGAUGGGAACGGCGAGUAUGAGGACGACUUCGAGGACUAUGAGGAAGACUUCGAGGAGUUUGAAGAAGACAAAGAAGAAGAAGAUGAGAAAGAGGAGGAGGAGUUGAGGGAAGCGGAGAGAAAGAUGAGUCCGCGCAGCAGACGGGAGCUGGAGGCGAUCCAGAGAGCGAUGGAGAAGGAGAACGAGCUGGUCAGUGCUGCACGCUCCACCUCCUCCACCCGGGAGUCUCAGAGCUCCAACAGAGCGAGCACUGAUUCGGAGAGGAAAAGUCGAACGUACAGUAGAGUCAUCGACUUCACCUCAGCAAGGGAGAGAGAGAUCAACCAGCAAGCAGUCCAUAAGCAGAAGAAGCGCGCCGCCGAGCUCCUCCGCCUGAUCGAGCUGGACUUGUCCGUCACCGAGUGUCUCCUGGACCUGCCGCCCGUCCGCGAGUACGACCUGUACAUCAGGAGCUACGGCACGGCCAACACCAGGCAGGCCUACGUGCAGUGCAACGAGGACAACGUCGAGCGAGACACGCAGACGGACGACGCGGACACGACGGACAAGUGGACGCAACAUCCGCCGGAGACUAGCGCCGCAUCUGGAGGCACACGGGACUCCCAGAAUGCAUCAGGGGAAUCCGUAACCAGGACGACCACAGACUCGAAGCGGCUCACUGCGUUCCUGCGCUCGGCCACACAGGUAAUGGCGGUGCUGCUGGAGGAGAACAUCGCUGAGAGUAACUCUGUAAAAAAGCUGCAGUCACAAACACACACACACUCCUUCAGUGACGGCUGUGUUCACCUCAACACUAAACUGAAGAUUCUACAGGGUCGACAGGUGACAUUGUUACACUUCUCCCAGACACAGACCCACACCCUGCUCUCCGUUCACGCCCCGCGCUCCGGCUCGAGUCACGUCACACUCAACAGUAGGUCACUGAUCUGUGUGUGGAACAUCUGGGAGCCUUCUACACCUCAGAGAAUCCUCGUCUAUGAAGCUGAGGUGCGGAGCUGCUGUCUCAGUCCCGGUAAGGCCGCCCUGGUGUUCUGUGGGACAGACGUGGGCUCUGUGCUGGUGUGGGACCUGAGAGAACCUUCCGGCUCUCACCCGCGUGUGACAGUGUGUGAGGAGGAGUGGACGCUGCGUCACCCCACGUACUCCACCGAUGCCGUGCUGGUAGGGGCGGGGCACUUUUCUCCCGUUGUAUCCGUCGAGCCUGUCCUGGCCAACCUGGGGGCGGGGCUUAAAGACCCCUUACUGCCAGACCAAGAUGAGUCGCUGGGUGUCUCGUUCCAGCUGGGGACGCUGGAUGAAAGCGGACUGCUGAACCUCUGGGUUGUGGUCGAGUUGUCCAAAGCUGAUGACUCUGGAUCCCAAACAGACCUGGGUCUGCGUCCCGGUGGGAAGGUGAAGCUCCUUCACAGUUCCUCUCUACAGACGACCCCUCGAGUGGACGAGGGGGUCAUCGGUGUCACGUCUCACCUGAGCUUCGUCCUGAAGUUCCUCCCCUCAGAUUCUAAUCACUUCUUCAUCGGCAGUAACAACGGUCUGGUGAGACAUGGAACCAGACACGGAUUACGAGCCGUACCGAAACUCUACAGAUCUCAACAUGGAGAGAGACCAGCGCAAGUCACGUCUCUAGAGUUCUGCCCCAAUGGAGAACCUUUCUUUCUGGCAGGCUGCAGUGAUGGUUCGGUGCGUCUCCAUGCACUGGCGCGUGAGGACGCGGUGUGUGAGUGGGCCGUGAGUUCAGGUCACGCCGUCGCCGUUCAGUGUGUGCAGUUUUCCCCGACAAGAUGCUCAGUGUUCUGCGCUCUGGACUCUGCAUCUGUCCUGCACAUCUGGGAUCUCACACAGAAAGACGACGCUCCUCUCAUAACCCACGACCUCCACGCCGACCCUGCGUUAGCCUUGGGAGUGUUUGGAGACGCCACUAGGCAGAACCCGUACUCCGGCAUCGUACUGGCGAGACACUCGGGCAGUGUGGACAUCCACUUCCUGCUUUCCUCACUCACACUUCCUCAUGCCUCAGACCCUGAGAAGCUCCGGUCUCUGGCACAUGAUACACUCUGAACUCAACACACACACACACACACACACACACACACA